AUGGCGGCUUCCGGUCUGAUCCUGCUCUCCAUUUUCCUGCUAACUCUCGCUUCGUGCUCUCUCUCUGCCGCCCAGCAAAUUGUGGAGAGCGAGGGAAGGGGAGCCGAGAGCAAGGUGAGAUUAUUGGAUCGAUUCGAUAAUCGAUAUCCCGAUGGCAGUUACGAGUAUCGAUUCGAAUUGGAUGAUGGAACGUCGCGUUACGAGCGGGGUUACUUUGCCAAAAUCAAUGAGGUGAAAACUUUAAUGGUUGUUGGAUAUUAUUCCUAUCGAAUGAGCGAUGGUCGGUUUCUCACGGUAUUCUACAAUGCGGAUCAAUUUGGCUAUCGGCAGAAUCAAUCAAUUACACCGCAAGUGUAUCCCAAUCUCCCGCGUUCCAUUGAAGUGCCCAUGGCCGGGGAGUCCUCCCCCUUGGAAGCUUCUACCAGUUCCCGAUUGGAAUCCCCCUCAGCUGCGGUAACCCCCUCUCAAUUGUCGACGUCGACGCCCCGGGGAACGGGGAAUGUGACUCCGAAUCGCAGAGGGGGCCGCUACUGA